GUAGGAGGUUGGUGUAACAACAGGAUGGCUAUGAGUAUUUUAGUUGUCCACUUCCUUUUUCAAACAGAAACUUGGGCACAACUCCCCAGGCUUUGAGUAUUUCAAGAAUGACAAUAUGUUACUAAGCACCCUGUCGCAAGAGUGUUUUUGGAAUUGCCAGUAACCACAGAAUUGAGUUGGUCUGUGCUAUGAGCAGGAAGUUCUGGCAUAGGUGAUGUUGGUGGCCAGGAUUCUAUAAAUGAUCAGAGUUCGGGUACUGAGAGGGAAGUUUUGAAAACUUGGAUGAAUGUUAGUAUCGGAUGCCAGCACUGAUGGAUAGUUUGAAGGCCGAAAGGGUGGCAAAUUGUGAGGGUUGUUUCAUGACUGAAAAGAGAUUACAAGGUAGCAGACAGGUGAUUUAUGAUCUUGGACAGGAAUUACAGUCUGAGAAGAUGGCAGGGAUUGGUGCAGCGUAAUGUUGGGGAAGGGUAGAGGGAGAUGGGGGUCAGUGAAAGAUGAAUGUACAUGGCAGACUUUCCAAUUCAGUCCUACGCUAUGAAGCCAGAUUGAAGGUUGCUACCAGGAUAACAUGGUACAACUUCGCUUUCAGUGCUUUGAAAGGAAUGUUGUACAUGGAAUUUGUCACACGUGUACCCCAAUACAGGAAUUUCCAGUGAUGCAAGAUGACCAGGAAUUAUAAUGCUUCAUUCUCGAAAAAAGAAGUUCUAUUUGCAUAAUACUGAUAAAAAUAACAUUGUACAAUUGAAUUUCUUGGCAAACUUUGCUUCCAUGAAACAGAUGAAAUGUAGCUUAUGGCAAUUGAGAAGUAAACAUAUUAAUCUUAUUUUAUUUACAGUUCCUGCAAAUGGACAGAACUCAGACAGUGUUGUGUUGGCAUAUCAAAACAUGUCUGCUCCCGCUGGGUCGGAAGUUGUACUGCAGUGCUAUAGUCAGCGAAUAGUAUGGACACAGGACCGUUUGAAUGAUCGUCAGCGAGUGGCCCAUUGGGACUGGUUCUCAAAUGAUGGUGUAUACAAGUUUGAUCGUGUUCUAGAUAUGUUCUCAGCAGGUGAACAACGGCUUUAUAAUAUCCAUGAUCAGGGACGGAUAAUGAUGUCACCCUCUGCUUUCUCUAAUGGAAACUUCUCUUUAAUAAUAAAAGAUGUUAGGACAAAUGACCAAGGAAUUUACUCUUGUAAUCUCCACCAUCAUUACUGCCACCUUUAUGAAACUCUCAAAAUUCAACUUAACAUCACCAAAUCAGCAAGAAAGGUGAAGAAGUUUUGGGAUGGAGAGAAGAUAGUGUUGGUGGCAUUACUUGGUACUACUGUGGUACUGCCUUGUGAAAAUUACAACUCUAUUUGGGCAGGGAAACACAGUGAAGAAGAACAACAGGUAGUCCAUUGGGACAGAUCACCUCCAGGUGUGUGGCAUGACCAGGCUGACCGACUGAUUGACCUCUAUGCUUCUGGGGAACAACGAUCUUAUGGUUCCCACUUUAUUAGGAAAAGAAUGAAUAUAUCAGAUACUGCAUUCAAAGACGGUGACUUCUCGCUGACCAUUUCUAACCUUCAGUUCAGUGAUGAAGGACUCUAUUCAUGUGAUUUGCACCAUCACUACUGUGAAAUUCAUGAGAGACGCAUCUUUAGACUUUUUAUUACAGAACCAAUCAAGAAGAACUUUACAUACAAAACAUCAUCCACAUCAGUUGAAAUCCCAAAAGUCAUCAAUGUUUUUAUUCCGGAAUAUUCUUCACAUUUACUUCAUCAACUUGGAUAUGUCUUGGCAACACUGCUGCUACUGGCCAUUUUGAUAACCAUCAUUGCUCUGAUUACUCGCCGACAGAAAAAGAGAGGUCAUCAAUACAAUGUGAAGAUGUCUCAACCCAGGAGAACAGAAGUUAACGUCAAUGAUCUUGUGAUCGAUACUACUGACCUAAGACCAAAGCAAAAUGAAGAAAUAAAACUUGCAGAUUACAAGAACAACAUACUAAAGGAGAAGUUUGCAUUGUCCAGAGAGAAGGAGGAGCUGUUCAGUGACAUUCCUCCAAAGAACUUAGAUAAAGACUUUGAGAAGAAAUACUGGAAAUAAAGAAAAUGAGGCUGCUGGCUGGAUCCAGAAGCUUAAAAGUGAAGGGCCUAUAUGAGGAAAUAAGUUGCCUUUUAUCAAUAUCCUUCAAUUAUACAGCGCUUAAUUAAAGUAUACAUAUCAAUGGUACUAACACAAAUUUCCCAAACCUGUGCAGCAGAUUUUGAGGAACUACAACCUGAAGCUACCUUAUCAGGAACCUCUUGUUUAUCCUACAAAUGUAAUUCCAGAUUUCCAAUGGUUUAAUAUGAUGAGGGAGGUGAGCACUACUAAGUAAUAGCCAUAAUAUUGUUGGUUAAAAGAGGAACAGUACAUUUCUUAGGAGCUUGCUGGGCAAAACUAUAUUAGCUGGGAAAGGAUAGAAAUUUUGAGAGCACCAAAAGUGCUGCUCCUUAGAAAAUUGUUGGUUCUGAUUUUACUAGAAAUAAAGGAACGACCACCAUGAUCCAGGGACUGCAACAGCAAAGGGCAAUUACUUUAGGUUUGUCAGUAGAAGCAACCAACUUACAGUUGGCAAUGGAAAAUGUUGGAAGUAUUCAGUACAGAUGCUGCCCAACCAACAAUGUGUCUCAAGCUCAUUUUGUUCCUAUGUCAAUUUUCUGGCAACUGCAGUAUUUUGCUUUUAUGUUAGCGUUAACAUCAGCAUGGAUCUCUAGAUGUGUGAGCUCCCCAUACCUCUCUCUCAUAUUCAUCAUUCUCCCUCCCCCACCAUUUUCAGUGUUACAAUUUGUCUGAGCUCAGUCUGCACUUUUUUUCUACACUCCAUCUCCAAUGCUUAAUCAUAUCUAUUUCUCCAACUCAAGCUCUGUAUUAAUUUCUGCUUUAAUAUCUAUAUUGAUUCUCUAUUUCCAAUCAUCUGUUGUAGCAAAUUCUUCAGCACCAAUUACAUAUGUCUUUACGUAAAUCUUAGUCUGUUCAUCCCUCUAUCACUAGCCUCCUCAGUUCAUCUCCCAUUCUUCAAUGUAUCUAUCCAAUCAACUUGCAAUUCAGUGAAUCUGACCCUAUUUGGAAUCACUGCUAUUAGUCUAUCUGCAUUUCAGAGUGUACAUCUCUGCCCUUAUAAUGUUGUAAAGUAAUCACUUUCUUCAGUAUACUAAUCUCACUGUUUUGUUCUUUAUCUUGAUAUCUGAGUGCGUCAUUCUUACUGGCCAAUCAUUAAUUUCUUUCAAAAUGAAUUUUCUUUCAAGUAAUCAAUUUCUCCAAUCAGAAAUCAAGUGGUAAGUCCUGUGAAAUGUAAUGUUCCAAUUACUAAAAUAUGCUGCACAAAAUUGCAAUAAUUGUGAUAACUGAUACAGAAACUUUUAUUCAUUAUAUACAUUUAUACAAUUUCAACAGUGUGUGAUAAUUAUUCAAUGUAUUUGUCUAAUUUUAUACAAAGUUGCCAUUUCAAUAUUCACAUUGCUAUAUUCACAUUGCUAUAUCUAUCACACUCAGUUCACACAGUUAAUGCAACAGUACAGAUUUCAUCUUAUCCUUCCAUCCCUCACUCAGCUGUGUUUGCAUUUAAAUCAAUGCUGGCCUGUAAAAAUUCAGUCCAUGCUCAGCCUGGAGAUAGAUCUUGCAAGCCAAGGAUCAGCAAUGUUGACCUAGGAACACAGGGAUCACCCUGGGUUACAUGUCACAGCAUGCGAUCAGUUGUGAUGAGACUGCAAUCUUCAGUAGACAUUCUAUAUGACAUCAACUGUGGCCAAAAAAAGUUCUUAUAAAGAUAAUGAGAUGAAGUGAUUAUUUCCAGAACAAGUAUAAGCAAGGCUGGUGUAAUCAAACUAAAACUUUAUUUAGUCAUGUAUUCAUAGAUUUUUAUUCUAAGCACCUGAUUUUUUUAACAAUAAAAAUUGAUGUGUUGAAUUGGUCUCCAUUUGUGCAUUUAAAAAAAAUGGUUUACAAGAUUAGAUAAUAUUGUUUCAAAGUCAAACAUUGUCUACAGAAUUAUUUUUAAUUGUUGUCAAGCUAGGACAGGACCAAGAUCAGGUUAGAGAAAAAGCGAGAAAUUAAGAAAUUGGCACAAAACUUUGUGUUUAUAGAUUGAGGAAAACAAAGGGGAAGGGUGUGAAGGGUUUUGAAGUGUGGGGAAAAUGAAUUAGAGCAAGAAACGAAGUGAUGGCUCUUGAUUUCAGCGUAGGGAGAGUAAUGGAAAAAGGACAGGGAAUAUUCAUGUAUUCAUGCUCUUUUUCAUGCUUCUAUCACAUGAUGGUGUAAAUGGCUAAAUAAAGCUGUAGCAGUUGGCACCAGGUAAAUUGUUGAGACCAUAAUAACUUGGAAAUUAUGCAUCAAAACUUCAUUCAUCAUAACCUUGCCAGUGUAAGAAAUUUCAGAACUCUGAGCCAACAAGGACUUGCUUUAUCAGAAUCAGUGUUUAAUAUCAAACAAGAGAAAAUCUGCAGAUGCUCAAAAUCUAAGCAACACACACAAAAUGCUGGAGGAACUCAGCAGACCAGACAGCUUCUAUGGAAAAGAGUACAGUCGACUUUUCGGGCUGAGACCCUUCAUCAUGUAUCUUUUUUCCAUAGAUGCAGCCUGGCUUGCUGAUUUCCUCCAGUAUUUUGUCUGUGCUGCCAGGGUUUAAUCUCAUUGGCAUAUGCCAUGAAAUUUGUAGUUUUAUGGCAUCAGUACUUUACAGUACAUAAUAAUAAAACUAUAAAUUACAGUAAGAAAUGUGUGUGUGUAUAUAUAUAUAUAAAAUUGAAUUAGUGCAAAAAGAGAGGGGGAAAAUACUGAGGUAACAUUCCUUGUCCAUUCAUAAUUCUGAUGGCAGAGAGAAAGAAGAUGUUCCUGAAAUGUUGUGAAGCUCUUGAUGGUAGCAAUGAGAAGAGAGCAUGUCCAGGGUGAUGGAGUCAUUAAUGAUGGAUGCCACCUUUUUGAGGGAUCGCCCAAUGACUUCACCAUUCUCCACAAGAACAGGGCAGGUUAGUCUUUUAAAGGCUGAAGAGGUGGAGUAUGUUUUAUAGUUAACUCAUCAGGGUGCACAAACAUAGUGGUUUUCUCUCAGUCCUGCUCCCCUGACCUGGAAUACCUAGUGGUGAAAUGUUGUCCAUUUUAUCUGCUGAGGGAGUUUUCAUCCUGGUUGUGGUGUACAUUCCACCUCAGGCCAGCAUCAGGCAAGAACUGGAAUUGCUAAGCAAUGUAAUUAGCAAGCACAAAACUGUGCACCCUGAUGCCUCUUUUAGUAGUCCUUAUGGGCCAAGCUGUGCCAAUCAAGGAAACCUUCAGCUUAUACCAACCCCAAUUACCACUGUGGUGAACUGUCUGGACAUGCUCCCCCUGCUGACUGCUCCUGUGGCUCCUCUCACAGACCCCUGUAUAAAGCCGAUUGGAGGCACUGCUCCUUCCUCAGUCUCCAGGAUGUUGUGUGGUGGUCGCUUGCUGCUGACUGUGCUUUCUUCCAGCCAAUAAAAGCCUACCUUAACUCACGUCUCCGAGAGUUAUUGAUGGUGCAUCAACCACCCCAACCAAUAUCAAAACCUAAUGUAGAAUUUGGGGAACUGUAGUAAUGGGAAGGAAGAUGAAUGGAAACAGACCAAGAUAUACUUGUUAAGCAGGAAGAUUUCAAAUGUGAAAGCAUUGAUGGUGCUGAAAGCUUUUCUCAGAAAGCAUACAAGGCAAAUAAGGUGGAAUAUGUUCUAGUUCUGUACAUUGCUGUUUUCCUAGGCUAUAGGAGUGUAUUCAACUGUUCCUUGUUCCUUUAACCUAUUUCUUUUAUUUCAAACUUAUUUUACUUUUUUUCUGCAUUAGGAAAUUAUGUGAUUUAUAUUUCUGUUGUCUGAUAUUCAACUGCUGUCCAUACUGCCAGUACCCUAUCUGUUGUGCAGUAGAACUUCAGCUUUACUUUGCAAUCUGACUGGUGCAGCUAUUGCAAUUAGUGUAACCUGGGCUAUGAGGUAUGAAUAUGAAAGGUGUCACUCUGUAUUUUAUUCCUACUUAAUAGCCCAUAGAAAUGAUCAUGAGUUAGAUUCCAAGAAAAGUGUGCAAAGUCCCAGUUUAAAAAUGUUGGAGAUAGGUGCCUUCCCUUCAACCAAUCAAAUCGUGCUGUUAUUAUAUUCUAAUCUCAAAUGCAUUGUAAUGUAUGUGUGUAUAUAUGCUGCCCUGAUAUUGUUCUAAAGAAUGCUGUUAAAUGAGAAAAUGUCCAUGAAUUUAAAUAAAGUGUUAAAUAUGCA